AUGGAGAGCGAGAGAAAUGACCCUAAUGCCCUUGUUGAGGAUGCCAUCAAAUGGGGUGAGGGCAAGAACAAGAGGUGGUCUGAUGGUAUCCAGAGGCAGGAGUUAUGGUUUGAUUUCUUCAACUAUGCUGGAAUCCAUCGUCAUGUCUUCCUGUACACAACGCCUACAAUCUACAUCAAGGAUAUUCACAUCCACACUGGAUUAAAUGGUGAUCAAGGAGUGGUGAACUAUAUUGUGAUAGUAAAUGGUGCUACCAAGGAGGACAAGUUGGAGCCAUAUAUCGCCCUGUAUGAUUCUGAUGGCCACUUAGUGGAUGAAAAGUUUUCUCUUCAAGGCACUUUCAUUAUCAAUGACCCGCACCUCUGGUGGCCUCUAUUCAUGCAUCCACAGCCUGGCUAUCUCUACUCGCUCCAAGUUUCUCUCUGCAAUCCAAAUUCACUUGCAUCAAGUGAUGGGGAUAUCUAUCGUCUGCCUGUUGGAAUACGUCAUCUGCAAUGGAAUGAUACUUCAUUGACCAUCAAUGGGAAGCCUCUUUACUUACGGGGCUUCGGAAAGCAUGAGGACUUCCACGUGAAAGGGAAGGGUGAGGAUUUAUCUGUUCUUAUAAAGGACUUUAACCUCUUGAAGUGGGUCGGUGCCAAUUCAUUCCGCACAUCACAUUACCCAUACUCUGAGGAAACUAUGUAUAUGGCUGAUCGACAUGGGAUCCUUAUCAUUGAUGAGACUCCAGCUGUAUCUCUCCGGCAUUUCAAAAAGGAGGUUCUUGACUUACAUACUCAGAUUCUUCAAGAGCUGAUUUCUCGGGACAAAAACCACCCAUCUGUCAUCAUGUGGUCAUUGGGUAAUGAAUGCCAAACAGUUGAGAAUUCCUCUAGGCCUUACUUCCAGCACCUGAGUGAAUUGGCACGGACUCUCGACAAGACUCGUCCAAUCACUCUUGUCUUGAAUGCAGCAGUAGACAAGGAUCAUGUGGGGGACCUGCUAGAUGUUGUGAGUGUGAACCGGUACUUUGGAUGGUAUGAAGACCCAGGACAAACUGAAGUCAUUGGGCAGAAAGUGCAGAAUGAGUACCAUGCUUGGCAUGCUAAGUAUCAUAAGCCUGUCCUUGUCACUGAGUAUGGAGCUGGAGCUGUUGCUGGCCUUCACAAUUCUCCAGGGUUCGUGUUUACAGAAGACUAUCAAGUUGAGCUUCUCCUGGAGCAUUUCAAAGCUUAUGCAGGUCUCCGCCAAGAAGAAGGUUCUUUUCUCAUUGGAGAAAUGAUUUGGAACUUUGCUGACUUCAUGACUGAUCAGGAUUCAAAGAGGGUUUAUGGAAAUCGGAAAGGGAUCUUCACACGAGAUCGUCAGCCAAAAGCAGGAGCUCAUAUCGUCAGGUGCCAUUACUUUGCUUUAGCAAAGGAAUUAGAUAGUUUUAAUUCCACCCACCUCUGUUAUCCAUCCUUCUAUGGAGGCUAAGCUCUACUUGGCCUUCUUCUUGAAAGUACCUAGAAUUUUCAUAAGAAAUCACUUUAUGUGCUUGUUUGUAGAAGAAUUUAAUGGAUUGCCUUCAGUUUGUGUGAUAUAGAACCAUUAUCAUGUAGAACCCCUUAAACUUGCAAGUUAUAAGGCAUUUGAUAUGAUCACAGGUACACUUGUAUUGCAUCCACCUUGAAAGUCUGCAUUCAUAAUCUGAAAAAUGUAGGGUUAUAAAGGGGGGUUCAGAUAGAGUAUCAAAAGUAAAUGGUAAUCUCUAGUCAGUUGUCAACCAGGGAAUUUCCAUCUAUGUGAAUUGCAGUGACUCACUUAUACUUUAAAAGCAGCACACAACUUACCAAAGGAAUAAUUGUUACAUGAUUGGCAAUGAACAUUACAUUCUUUGUCUUUGCUUGUGAACCAAGCUUCAGCCACUAGAAUCAAUCACUUUGGUAUGAUUUUUAGUCCAACCAUCAGUAUUCAUUCCACAUCAAUGAUUGGUCAGAGGGGUAUCUGCAUUCCCUAAUUAUAUUUAGGUCCCCAAGUCAUCAUUCUACCUCCAAUUUGGCCAGGAAUAAUUUUCAUGCUUAGAGGGACCUUUAUUCUCUUGCUGGAAACAAAUGUGAUUAUUGUUGCACCUUCAUUGGAGCUAAAAUGUUUGCUAAAAUUUCAGCUUUCAAUGUGGCUAAGUUUUGGAAUUGAACAAGUAGAGAUUGCAUUUCAUUUUCAUGUUCACUUUUUGCAGAAAAGACCCUACUGUGUCUCAAUAUUCAACUUGAAUGUGAUUACUCAGAUAGACUUUUCCCAGAAGAAAAAAAGAAAAGAGCAUCACCUUACUGGUCCUGAUACUCAGUUUUUUUAUGUUGACAGGUGAAAGAGUUUCACUAGAAUUAAAAAAUUAUUUGCAUGCAAUCAAUUUUUAAAUUAUGCUUGAGUCAUUGACCCAAAAACUUAUAGGUGCUAGCGUGCCCCCUGAACCUUCUGUCCUAUACUCUUGUCCAGCACCCUUUCCUAAGCCCCUUUUUCAACACAAGACAAGCCAUUAGAAUUUGAUUCCUUUGAUUUAUUACUUCCCUAUUAUCUCCUGACAGGAAUAUGAAUCCUUGAAUUUCCAUAUGUUUGUUGCAGAGAGAGACAGAGUUGUAGACAUAUAAACCCUCUUGUGUCAACAGAUUGGAGACCUAGAAUUGUAGCUCACUGCCAUUGACAUACCUCAUC